AUGUACGACAGGACACCCCGCGAUGGGGUUUGGCUGGCUGAUGAUCCGUCCUACCAAGAUCGCGUACACUCUUUGAGCAGCGCAGACCCGAGGCUCAAGAAUCGCGACUCUAAGGCGCAGAACCAGAAGAUACCAUGGGAUGAUGCUAAUGCUCGAAUUAUAUCUCUUGAACUAGGGAUAGACCAGCAGUCAACCCAGCUUUUCAAUUUUGACAAUCACAUUGAGCUGGAGACUUAUCUCGCUAAAGGGCACACUAUCCAUGCCGAAAAUGACAGAACGUCAACCGACGGUGGCAAUGGUGCAUCAGCCAACUCUACGUGCUCGAGAUAUCGAGUCAUCAUCAUGGAGGGAUUGAGCCCAAAGUAUAUUGGUAUCUUGGGGAAACACUUCUCCUUGCACCCUUCCCUCUUUGUCGAACAUGAGAGGGUUGUAGUUAUAAACAAACGUGGCAAUGGCGAAAGUGACAGCUUGCCAUUGCCGUCUACAAUGCAACAACGGAAUCACGUCGUUCUAAGGUACUUCGAGCCGCUCGUCUUCAACAGUGUCCCGAACAACUCUCGUCUUGUCUGUGGGUCAACCGGUAGGCAUAUCGCUAUAUCCCGAAACUUUGGCGAACGUUCAGAAGUCGGAACUGUGCACCGAAAAUGCAGCAUUUGGUGGACUACGCGAAAUGGCACCGAUGGUUGGGACUGUCUUGUCCUGUGUGAUCCGCCGGUUACCAACGUGCGCACUGGUUUCCAGUAUAAUGAAUCAUUCACAGUAAACUGGAGCCCGUACCAAGGUGGAUACGUCGACUUUCUACCUGCUCGAUGCUGCAGUCACGAGGUCGGACCUGGUCCACCACGAACAUCCCUUAUGAAUGACCUGAUUUAUUAUCUGACUGUUGAGCAACGCCACGUCGACAUUACUUCCCCUGCGACGAGUGUGCAUGUUUUUGCCCAUAAGAUAAUCGCGAGUCAUUAUCUGAAGCAUUCCGAGCACCUGCGAGCGACCCUCUGGCAUGCACAGCGAGGGCUAAAUCGUAGACACGAGCUCAACAGCUUGACUAUGGACCAGGUCGAGGACCUGUGGAGCGACAUACAGGCAUGGGAGCGCCGUAUGGGAGAAUACUGCGAGGCUCUUGAACUCAUCAUGCUCCAGAUUGGAAUUCCUCUGGAGACGCCGGGCUCGACCCAUUCAUUUUCGAAACGUAUGGACUGGAAAGAUAGCACAGUCGACUACCAGUUCCUCCUGAUGCGAUUUCGAGAGCUCCGACACAUAACAGAGUGCCUGAACUCUGCAAUAACCGGCUUAGCCAACAUUGCUGGCAACCGCGCGGCCUUUAAAGAACAACAGCUUGCAGCGCAGGAGGCAAAACGAAAUAUACGUGAGACCAAACGUACCAAAGCCAUCACGCUGUUGGGUCUCGUGUUUAUACCUCUUGCUUACGUCAGCAGCUUGUUCAGCAUGGGCGAGCCGUUUCGUCCUGGCGACACGCAAUUUUGGGUCUAUUUUGUUGCGAGUGUCCCAUUAAUAGCCCUGACGUUACUCGCGUAUUGCGCCCUGGAUUGGGGGUAUUCUGAUGACAGCGCGGAUUGGUCGCCAAAGACGUUCUCAAAGCACUUGCAGGUACGGGUAGGCUUGAAGCGACCGAGUGGACUCAUUCAAGAGGAACCACAGCGAAGCUACUACUCCAUUGGAUUUGAUGGUAAUGUUUCUGCGAAACACGGUCCCUGA